GGAAAGGGUAUAUUAAGCAAGGCUGGAGCAGCAGAGGUUAUUCUGGAGUCUAUCUCUGCUUGCUUUGCCAGUGCAUCUGAGAAGCAAGGGAAGCUGCUUUUCAGUCAAAAGCCAUGGCUGUUGGACUUCUUUUGUGGUUUUUCUGGAUUGCCUUGCAGUUGAACUGCUCCACUGGUUUUACAUCUCCAAGAGCUCCAGUUCAGUCUGUACUGGAUGGUCAACACCAACUGGAUGAGCAAUACAUCAAUGCUUUAGCAACUAGUGAAGGGGAUGGAGAUGUUCUGGAUAACAAACCAAGUGGCCCUGUUCUUGCAAGGUAUGAAUGGCCUUCAGUAGCAGACCCACCAAGUUUGCUUCCCUCUGUCCAAAACAUGCCUGACACAGUAGACCAGCCAGAACCCCAAACUCUACCAGUGAAUGUUGAACCUGCAAGUGUUGCUUAUCCAAGUCCAUGGGAGUAUUCUGGCCAGAGCAAUGAAGUUGAAAGUCCGACUGUGCAGGUCUCUCCUCCUCAGAAGCCUUCCUCUCCAAAACUUGUAGGCCAACCUUCCUACAAAGACUGGAUGAGCAUGCCUUUUAAUGACAUCUUUGACAAGGACCUGUUGUUCGGCCAAUUUGGCUUCCAGCCAGAGAACUCGGUCCGCUAUGAGAAGCACUGGGUUCCAGUGAGUUUCCCCCAGAUGUCCUACCAACCGGUCCCUCCUCCCCCAAGUCGUCAAAGCCUGAUCAGGAAGUCUAAAAACGGUUACCAUCGUGAAAGGCUUCAACAGUCAAAAGACAUUUACUGGGCAGAUCCUAAAAUGCAGCAGAUGAAAAGCUCUAGGAAGUUUAACACCUUGCCAAAAAAGGUGCUGAACCGUCAAGCUUCUCGCAAAAUGUGAGGGCUUUAAGCUUACCGAUUUUCAAUGCCAGAAAUAAACACUUAAAUUCAACAUAUUCUUUGUCACUUGUGAGGUUUAUUC